UAGUAGUUCUGCUUUGAUGAUCUUCUGCGCCACAGACUUUCUCAGUCGCGCGCGCUCACUUUAUCUCACCGUCUUUCUUUGGGAAGUACAGAGUCAUCUCGCAGAAUGACAGGAAAACCAAGACUGCCCCACGUGUCAGCCCGAACUAUCUGUCGCCACAAGAAAGAAAAUGGUCAUAGUUGAUGGGGCCAAAGAAAACAUAUCAGAAAGCAGAGUUCAAUGAAAGAAGAGAAGGAGACCCUGCUGUGAAGUUCAACUGUUAUGGGCUGCUACAAGAGCACACCCUUUUUUAUACCCGAUUUGAGCUCAUUGCUCUUGUUGAAUGAUUAAUAACAUUUUAUAGCAACGUUUAGUACUGGUAAUCCAGAAUUACUCUGAGUGAGUUCUGGUCUCCUUUCAAAUAUCUUUAUAGCAAAGUUUAUUUGGCCAGCCAUGAACUGUGCUAGAGACGUGAAUCCUUAAGCUCACCAUGCUUGGGCAGUAUGGGACCAGAAUUGUGUUUGUGUCACAAUCACAAGCUGAAGAUCUAUGAUGAAGAUCAUUAAGGGAUGUAUCACCGAACAUCUUUAAGAUUUGGAUUGUAAUGUUUUCUUUUCAUACCAAAAUAUUACUUAAUGUGGGUCUUCGGACAGCACAAACAUUUCUUGAUUAUGAUAUCAAGCCUCAUAAAAAGUGAAGAGAUGUGUAACAUCUCAGCAUCCUGUAAUGUGGAUUCAAACAUCGAUCAGUUUUUUCAGCCAGUGCUGUACAUUAUUGUUAUUAUCCUUGGCUUCCCGACAAACUGUAUGGCUCUGUGGGCUGCCUACUUGCAGGUGAAGCAAAAAAAUGAACUGGGUAUCUAUUUGAUCAACCUUUCUGUGGCUGACCUUCUUUACAUAGCCACAUUGCCACUUUGGAUUGAUUAUUUCCUUCAACAUGAUAACUGGAUCCAUGGGCCAGGGGCUUGCAUGCUGUUCGGCUUCAUUUUCUAUACCAACAUAUAUGUCAGCAUUGCUUUUCUCUGCUGCAUUUCUAUAGAUCGUUAUUUGGCAGUGGCUUAUCCACUCAAGUUUGCUAAAGUGCGUCGGGUCAAGACAGCUCUUUUGGUCAGUGCCAUAGUCUGGAUUAUUGAAAUUGUGGCCAACUCAGCACCACUAUUUCACAAUGAGCUUUUUGAGGCUCGCUUCAACCGCACCUUCUGUUUUGAGAAGUAUCCGAUGCAAGACUGGGUGGCAGGCAUGAACCUCUACCGCAUCUUCCUGGGCUUCUUGGGUCCCUGGUGCUGUAUGUUAGCAGCAUACAAAGGAAUCUUAAAGGCAGUACGUGGCAAUGUUUCCACCGAGCAGCAAGAGAAAGCUAAGAUCAAGAGGCUGGCCCUUAGCCUCAUCCUCAUAGUGCUUCUUUGCUUUGGACCUUAUCAUGUGCUCCUGCUGUGGCGCAGUGUGCUCUUUCUCAGCAACCCUUGUGACUGUCAGGUGGAAGAGUAUUUAUUUUCUGCCUACCACGUAGCACUUGCUCUCACCAGCCUCAACUGUGUGGCAGACCCAAUCCUCUACUGUUUUGUAAAUGAAGGAGCUCGCAGUGAUGUGAGCCGUGCACUCGCCACCCUGAUGACUGUCUUUCACCGAGGACAAACCACAGAUAAGCUAAUGGGGAGUUCCAUUACUGUAGAAACACCUCUGGCUAGCAAGAAACCAGAUCUCUAUGAAGAGGUCAAAACUAAUUCCUAUAAACGUGAUUUUGAAACGUGUCUUCAAAUGACCAAACUUAAUGUUAAAAAGUGAAGUCAUGCAGUAUGUUUGUUGGUGCACACAUGUCAAGGGCCUCAAGUUUCCUCACAGAUUAUGCCAACAAUGUUGACAUUUAAAUAAACUGUUAGUGUAAAUCCCAGCUCCUUGAAUGUUAUUCCAGACACAUUGUUUAUUACUGUUUGGAUAUUGUAAUUUACAAAUGAUACAGUUUUCCCUUCUGAAAAUGAUUGAACACAUUACUGAUUCUAACUUACUCUCCUAACUUAUCUCUUAUAAAGACAUUCCAUUAUUUUGAGCUCUUGCUACCAAGAAGCUCAAAGCAAGACCAUCAUGGCAGCACAAGCUGUAAUUGUAUACAAGGUAAAUUAUUACUUAUUCUAUGUUUAGGCACAACUUUCUAAGUAUUAAUUAGAUUUUUUUUAAACAGUUUAUAUUACAAAUUCCUAAAUGGUUCUGGCCUUGUAAAAACCCUUUUAUACAAAACGUUAUUUACUGUUUCAAACAAAAUACAAUUAUCUUGAGAAAUUUCUGAAUUAAGUACAGUCAGCAUUUUACAUACUCUUAUUUUUGUCACUGGAGUCUCAUAAAUAUAUGAAUUUGGUUGGAAACACAAAUUUUCAGUGUGAAUACUGUAUAAACGUUACAUAUACACUGUUAGGUAUACACUGCAGAUCAGUCUUUUGAAAGCAUGUCAGCUACUCGGUAUUCAAUUACAAAGGUAAUGGAAUUUGCAUUUUUUUCAAUUAGUACAUUUUAAUUUAAACUACUAAUUUAAAACUUGGUUCAGAAAAUCAGGUCUUUGAAUCCCUGUCAGUAUGAGAAUUGUGUUUAUAUGGUUAGAGUUGUAAUAAUCCUUAAUUCUAUUUACAAAUACAAAAAAUAUCUGAUUAUUAUGUUUUUUUAAUCAUUAGCUUUUCAGAGAGGAGAAUGAAAUGUAUGAUCUAGACACUAAUGUCUCAAGCACUCAGAUAAGUUUUAGUCAAGAUAAAAUUUGACUUUAUUGUGGAUUAAGAUAUAUUGAAAAUAAUAUUUUCAGUUUUUAAUGAACAGUGGCAAAGCACUGCAGAACUGAUUGCAAAAAAAAUAAUAAAUUGUAAAAUACUAAAAAUUGUGAUCAAGGUUUUGAACGUCAAUUUCCAGAAUUUUUCCAAAAAAAAAUUGUUUGAGGUUUGCUGUAUCUGAUAUAAAAAUGUGAAAAUUCCCAAGUCUAAGGUGUUCUAUUACAAAGGCCGGUGUAUGUUUGACAUUUGAUGUUUAAUCUACAUGCUAUGUAGAUGUUAAAAUACAUGUGUCACUCAGAUGUCUAUUAUCAGAUAUCACCCACAGAUAAUCGUAAUGAAAAUGCAUCCAAAUAACAGACUUUGCACAUGUUUACAUUCCUGUUCAGAUACCUUCUUGGAACUUUUACUAUAAGUCUUGAAUGUCUUUUUAUUACUUGGAUGUUUGCAGCUGAACUAGGGGUGCCUGUUAUUAUAAAAUGAAAUAAAUUAUGUAUGUUCAAUCA